AUGGACCCGGCGCUCUUUCAGCCGCCUCUCGUCUCCCAGCCAUCGACUGAAGACAUCAAAUCGUCAGUCACCGCCGCCGCCGCGGCCACGUCCGAGGAUGACUCAGGCGGCCUCGACGGAUACGACAUGGGUUCUGGCGCCAUGGACGAGGACUCGGACACACCAGGCAUCGACGGCGUCAAGCGCCCUCGUCUCCGCUUGGCGCAUGCAUGCGACCGUUGCCGGAAACGAAAGAUCCGCUGUGACACGCAACAGCCUUGUGGGCCUUGCUCUGCAACGAAAAACGAGUGCACGUUCAACACCCCCAGUCGACGAGUAGCAAAACCCAAGGUUCCCGAGGGCCGCUCGUCGUCGGCGGGUGUCAAGCGACCCCACUCGCCGCCUCGGAGCAGUGGCGGGUCCAGCGCCUACCAGGCCUCGCUGGAAGCACGCCUUGCGACCCUCGAAUCUCUCCUUCGCGACGUCCCGCCCAACGUGCACAAUGCGUAUCUCUCGACACUGGAUGCGCGGCUCGGCUCUGGUCAAGGCGCGGGGCUCGCGCAGGGCAAGGGUGACGGCGUUGGCAUCUCGUCCGAGGCGCUGGGCGCAGCACCCGCCCUUGCUGGAUCGGCGCUCAGCGCGUUUGACUCAUUGAAAACCGACUCUGCGCUCACUCCGGCGGCGUGGGCAUCGGCGGCAGCGCCAAGCAUGGCUGGCGCCUGGGCCGGCGGCCGCUCCAUCAGGCGCCGCGACGACCGUGGCGUCGACGAAGUGGCCCGCCGCAUGGAAAACCUCAGCUUCUUCUACGAAGACGAGAUUGGGCAGGCCAAGUGGCAAGGUGCGACUUCUGGUUUUCCGUUGUUGGAAUUCCUCACCGCGGCCAAGGCCGGCUCGGAAGUGGAUGAGCCGGAGGGCGACGAGUCGUCCCCUUCGUCUGUCGACACUCCUGGCGCGCGCCCUGCCCCAUCACCACCAUCAAAGAUUGGCCGUCGUGCGAGCUCGCAGUCGGCGGUCGGCAACCGCAACUCGUCGGUGAGCUCCAAGGUGCGCUCGUCGUCUGUCGAGCCCAGGAGAAGGGAACGCUUUUUCCCCGACCGCACGCCGCGCCCGCACCAGACCCUCAACCCCGAGGCCAGUUGGAAGGUCAUCACUGGCGUCAUCCCGCCCGACCUUAUGGACACGCUCGUUCGCUGUUAUCUCUCGACCAGCCACUUGCUCUGGCCCUUCCUCCACGUGCCCUCUUUCCUUGCCGACUAUGCCAACCCGCAGCAGUGGGGUGAGCCCGGUUUCGCCUGCUUCAUUGUUGCCGUCUGCACCCUCUCGUCGCGUCACGUCGAUGACCCCCGCGUCCGCGCCAACCCAUCCGACCCCUCGACUGCCGGCAAGCAGUACUUUGAAUUGUUCAAGCGAUUGCGUGACUUGCCGUCCGCCGACCGCCCAACCCUCUACUCUAUCCAGGCCGCGUUCCUGGCGGCCAUCUACGCCUUUGGCUUGGGCAACUUGUCCAAGGCCUGUGCGCUCCAGGCCGAGAGCAUCACCCUCUGUCUCGACGGCGGUCUCCACCGCAGCGUUGACCAGUACGACCACUUCAACGCCGUCGAGCGCGAGACGCGUAAACGUACCUUUUGGUCCAUUUACGCGUGGGACAAGCAGUCGGCCGCAUUGUUUGGUCGCCCGCCCAUCAUCCACCUUCGCGACUGCGAUGUUACCGAGCCGAUGAUCGUCGACGACGAGAACCUCACCGCCGAAGGUGUGCAGGAGCAACAGAACCCUGAAACCAGCCGGAUGUGCGCGUUCAUUGCUGCGAUUCGUCUCCACGUCGUUCUCGAAGGUGUAAUCGACGCGUGCGUUCAGCCUUCGCCCUUCCCCUCGUCAGCCUUCCUUGCUCGCGCGAGCGCCACCAUUGCGCGCCGCACACCGCAGAGCGAGUCGCUUAGGGAGGAGGAAGAGCUUCUGGAGGAAUGGAAGCGCAUACUGCCAAAGUACUGGGAGUACGAUUCGGAGACGGCCAACUCGCGCGACCCCAUCCGCAUCACCCAGGCUGAGCGCCUCCACUGUCUCGAGCACCUCGUCAAGAUGAUCAUCUACCGCCACCGCUUCUCGGGCUUUGUCGUCAUGCCCGCGUCGACGGUUGAGGAGCGUGGACGUCAUGUCGAGUUCUGCCGCCGCGCCAUGCAGUGCGCGUUGACUAUUAUUGCCGACCACGUCCACAUCUCGCAGCGCGGCAUGAUGACCUACUACGGUGUCCAUGUGAUCCACCAGCUCGCUCAGGCGGGUCGUACCCUGGUCGCUGUUGUCCUCAAUUGCAAGAACCCCGAGUUCCGCCCUCUCAUUUCGCCUUCGGUUGAGGGUCUUCGCUCAUGUGUCGGUCUCCUGCGUCGCUUCAGUGGCCGCUACCUCUGUGGUCUCCGCUCGGCCGACAUUAUCGACGAGUUUUGCCGCGUGUGCAACAUUCCAGUCGACUCUCCUCGCGUCCCCGACUCGGCUGGCCGUCCUUCGCCCGCCUGGCUGCGUCCUGUUCGCAAACGCGCCUCGGUUUCGCCUGGGCCCUCGAGUCUGCGCAACUCGUCGACCCCCGACAUGGUCGCCAGCACCUUCCGCGACAUCAUGUCAGCACAAGCCGAUCUCACGGCCGGCCAGAUGCCCGGCGACCUCGAGUCCGUGUUCAACACGUCCGACUACUUUGACACGAGCGCCAUGGACAUUUCGUCCCCCAACAAGGCAGCGACGUCCCUUGCCGCCAACGUGUUUGCCACAUCGCUCGGAGAGCCCAGUGCUCCGUACGACCGUCUGGAGACAUUGUCACCCAACGAGAAUCUCGGUGGAAUUGGCAACAUGACCUUGCAACAGUACGCGACCGCCAACGGCGGAUCGAAUGGCCCCACGGUCAACGGCGUCAAUGGCAACUCUGUCACCGCAAUGGACACGAUCAUGUUUUCGAAUGGCCUUGCUGGUGACGUCCUUCCCUCGACUGGCGUCGACGCCGUCGGGCCCGACGGCCAGCGCUCAAACAACCAGAGCUUGUCCGCCGCGACGAUUCUCAGCCUCUUGGAAGAGGGUACGUUCGACUACAGCUCCAUCUUCACCGACCAGGCACCUCUGCCCGACUUUGACUUCCAGUCGGCCAUGGUCCCUGAAGGCAACUCCUAG